AAACAGGGGCUAGUACCUAGUACAACUCUUUAAUAUUUGUAUUCAAUACAAAUAAUAAUUAUUUCGUGUUUUUACUUAUUGUGAUAAAAGAUAUUAAAAUCAAACAAAAUGACUGCCGACGCACUCGCGAAAACUAGAAUCACCAACCGUGUGGCCCGCCUUAGGAAGAGUGCUGCUGAACGGUACAACAUCGAUGAGAAGGAGGUGCACAUUGGCCACAUGGCUCUGGAGUCCAUGUUACUGGACCCAGACAUGAUCAGCCAGAUCGAUUUCACCACCGAACAAGAGGAAACGAAUAGAUCUGUGGCUCAGCGCUCAAGCCGUCUUGCCAGUGCUAUGGUUAACGCUGGCCUGAAGCCUGGAGACCCCGCCAUUGUUAUGGGCAACAACCACAUGGACCUCUGCAUCCCAUACUUUGCCUGCCACUUUGGAGGAUACCCCAUGUGCGCAAUCGACCCCAGUAUUGGCAAAAAUGACUUAGUCAGACUAUUCCCAUACAUCUUCCCCAAAAUUGUCUUCUGCCUGAAAUCCUGCGAAGAAAAGGUCCGCGAAGCGUUCAAGGUCAACAACCUCGAGGGCUUCAUCGUCGUAUUUGAUGACAAAAAAACUGAUAUGGAGGCUUUCGUUCAGGAGCACAACGGCACCGAAGUUGACUACAGGCCAGCCACUUUCGACCAUUCCAAAAUUAAUGCCUGGUUGAUGCUAACCAGCGGCACCACGGGCUUACCGAAGGUAGCCACCAUACCAUUUGACACGUUACUCCAUGGAAUCAUCAGUUGGUGGGAACCCUUCCCAGAGAAAGUAGAAAGCAUUCUGGCUAUGGCUACAUUACAAUGGAUGUCAUCCCUACUCUACUUCAUUUCGGGUCCACUGAAGGGCUCCACUAGGAUUCAGGCGUCUGAACCAUUAACCCCGAUGAAGCUAGUCCAAAUUAUCAACAAAUACAGGCCCGUCACGACAGCAUUCACGCCAUAUUUAUUAGGUCAUUUUCUGAAUGCCGCCGAAAAAACUUGUGACUUAUCGUGUCUGAAAUACAUUGUUAUUGCGGGCAGUGCUAUCGAGAAACCAUUAUUGGACAGAUUUAAAAAAGUAUGCGAUGGAUUCAUGUACCUGGUAUAUGGAAUGACCGAGUUGUUGGUACCUGUGUUCGAUUAUAACGACGACACUCCAUUCGGGUCGACCGGCAAACCUCAGUCACAGUAUGAGUAUAUGCUCGUGGAUGAUAAUGCAAAACCCCUGGAAGGUGCAUACAAGACUGGUGAACUGUGGCUUAAGGGCGACGCCUUCUUCAAGGGCUAUCUAAACAAUGCUGAGGAGACCAAGACCAUGUUGACUGACGACGGAUGGUUCAAAACUGGAGACAUGUUCUACAAGGACGAGCAAGAUUAUUACUACUUUGUGGAGCGCAAGAGACUUUUAAUUAAGCACUACGGUUUUCUGCUUUCCCCAUUAAAAAUGGAGGAGAUUGUCAGGCGCCACCCAUCCAUAGUCGAUGCCUGUGCGGUCAGCCUGCCACAACUUGAUUGUACCGAACUGCCCGUCUUUGCCCUACAGAGAAGAAAUGGUGACAAAGUUGACACACAAGAAGUCGCUGAGUUAUUGAGAAAGAACAUGGAAGGGAAGCGACUGAACGGCGGAUUUUUCUUCGUAGAUUCAUUACCCGUCACGCCCUCCGGCAAAGUACAUCGAGCAAAAGUGAAGGAGAUGGCGCAGACCGCACAAAAAAUCCUCUUCUAGUGAACUAGAUAGACUAUCAACUAUCACUAUUCGAUUUCAUCAGUAAUACUGGUCACUUGCCGGUACGAAUCUUUGUGUUAUUAGGUCGAGAUUAAAUGUAAAAUUCUCAUUUUAGAAAAUAUUCACAUUACUAGGAAUAAUUAAUAUUGAAAUGAGUAAAGCAUUUUCUAAAACUCAUUAGUUGUAUAGGAUUUAUAUUAGCCAAUAUACAAUGUAAAUAUGUUAAUGAUAUAAGCUGCCUAUGUUUUAUUUAUUUAUUAAACUAUUUACAUGACUAAAUGUUAUUGAAAUAAAUACGUACUUUUAAGUAAGUACAAUAUUUAGGCUAACAUUUAAUACAUUAUUGUAAAUUAGUCAGAUGAUACUGCUAUAUUAUCGGUGAACACCGAGGCUGCAUCCGCAUCAGCAACGCUCCAAAGGCAUCUCAUAGAAAUUGAAGAAUGGCUAGGGUUAUGGAGAAUAAAGGCAAACAACAGUAAAUCGGUCCAUGUCACCUUCACUCUUAAAAAAGGCGAUUGCCCACCAGUUACCCUUAACGGAGAGCAAAUACCGCACUCUGACAAAGUCAAGUAUCUCGGUAUGCACUUAGAUAGAAGACUGACAUGGAAAAGUCACAUCUGGACUAAGCGGAAGCAACUUGAUACAAAAUUCCGAAGCUUGUAUUGGUUGGUAGGCAAGAAAUCCCAACUAUCUAAUGAAAGCAAAAUGUUAAUCUACAAAGCAAUCCUCAAGCCAAUAUGGACGUACGGCAUCGAACUAUGGGGCACAGCAUCCAGCAGCAACAUUGAUAUCUUGGAAAGAUUCCAAACCAAGAGCAUUAGGUGCAUGUAUAACAUACCUAAAUGCAUCAGCAAUAAAUAUAUUUUACGAGAUCUAAAUCUUAAUACAGUGAAACAAGAAAUCUCCAUAAGAAGUUCCAAGUAUCAGACCAAGUUAUCGAAUCAUGUAAAUGCCUCAGCUAAUAAACUAACAGGCACUGGCAGCGUUCAGCACUCAAGACUGAGGAGAAACAGUGUUCCCUCCCUCAAAAACCGUUUUCCAUCAUUAUAAAGAGUGAAGUCAAUGGACCCCUCUUUAAAUUAAAGACACACUCAGACUGAGGUCAAAGAAAAUAACAGCUAAAUGUGGAAAAACAGAUUGCUGUGCUAAGCAGGAUUGGAAAAAAAAAAAAAA